AGAUGGAAAGAUCAGAUUAUUAUCAUUAAAAGCAAAUCUAAAAAGUAAGUGCAACAAACCUACCAGUCAUCGCCACAUCAAAACUACCAGUCUCAUACUCCUCUUUCUUCUUCUCCAUCCACUCCUUUCUAUGGAAACUUCGUGUGAAUUUUGUUCUCUCUCUCCAGCUGUCUCUCAAGAUCCUCUCUCUUUCAUUCAAGUUUUGCGGUUUUGAUCGAAGGAAUCAAAAUGGCAAGGCCAGGCAACAAGAUUAUACAAGCCAAGCUGGUGGCUAUGUAUGGGAGUAAUUUAUUUGUUCUGCUGAAGGAUCGAUAUGGCUUAUAUUGACUAGGAAAUUGUGGUCUUUCAAGGAUAUUUUUGGGGCUACAGAUUCUCAAGACGGUGGUUCUAGGGGACAUGGGAACUGGGAAGACCAGUUUAGUCUUAAGAUUUGUCAAAGGCCAGUUUGUUGAUCACCAGGAACCAACUAUUGGAGCAGCUUUUUUCACUCAGAUACUGUCCUUAGCUGAAGCAACGGUGAAGUUUGAUAUAUGGGAUACGGCAGGACAAGAGCGAUAUCAUAGCUUGGCUCCUAUGUAUUAUCGUGGUGCUGCAGCAGCUUUGGUAGUAUAUGACAUAUCAAGCAUGGAUACAUUCACUCGAGCCAAACAAUGGGUUCAAGAAUUGCAUAGACAAGGAAAUAAAAAUAUGGUGAUGGCAUUAGUUGCAAACAAGUCUGAUCUGGAUGCAAAGAGAGAGGUUAAGACCGAGGAGGGGGAGAAAUUUUCUCAAGAAAAUGGUAUGUUUUUCAUUGAAACAUCAGCAAAAACUGCACACAAUACCGGUGAACUCUUCCAUGAAAUAGGUAAAAGACUAGCAAGAGCAGCCCCUUCAAAGCGAGGUGGGAUGAAUCUACUCAACGAAACACAAGAUAGAAGAAGAAGACUACGUUGUUGUACAGGUUGACGUCCUUACCACUUCAAGUGCCCUUGAGUAAUAAAUGAUAUCAAGGAAUAAAUGAUAUCAAGGUCCUUUUGGAUUUCAUUGUGAAAAAAUGCUUAUUUUUCAGAACCAGGCCAUUUGUUAAAGAUUUAUAGCGCCUCCUAUAUCUAAAUUGGUUAAUUGGUUCCAUAA